AUGGGUGGCUGCGGCACCCGCCACGACGCCUCCAGCAGCAUAGCGAGCAACGCCCGCAACCUUGGCACCCGCGGCCCCGACGCCAGCCCCUGCGCCCAUGGCACCCCAAGCACCCUCCUCGUCACCCCCUUCGGCUCCUCCGCAUCCUAUCAACUCAAUCUUGCCCUGGCUGACGCCAACUGGCGUGCUGCCAUGGUCGACGAGUUCCAGGCUCUCAUUGACAAUGACACCUGGCGCCUCGUCCCUCGGCUGCCUGGUGCCAAUGUCGUGUCGGGCAAGUGGAUCUUUCAGCAUAAGCUCUAUGCUGAUGGGUCCCUCGCACGACACAAGGCGCGCUGGGUGGUCCGCGGAUUCUCCCAACGCCACGGAAUCGACUACGAUGACAUCUUCAGUCCGGUUGUCAAACUGGCGACGAUAUGGACCGUCAUCAGCAUCGCCACUUCUCGAGCCUAG